CACUGCUGGUCAGGGUGAGCAGGGCCGGGCCGGGCCGGGCAGGGCUGGUGAGGGCAGCAGCAGGCGGCAUGUCGGAGGAGGAGGCCCCUCUGGGUCCCGCGCUGCCUCCCGGCUUUAGGACAGUCAGGAGCCAGCGAUCAGCAGACGACUGUGAGCGGCGACGGGGCUCGAAGCCCACGGACCACACAGCGGUUGCAGGACCUGCGUUGCCUCCAGGAUUUAGGUCACGUAAGAGUUCUGAAAGUUCAGACAGUGAUGAAGAAGGUGUCCGAUGCACCCACGAGAAGAGGGAAACCGGUCCUGCUUUGGCCUCCGACUUAAUGAAAUCAAGUAAACAGGUUAUCGAGAAGGAGAAUAGUGACAAAUCCAAACCCAGAGGCAAACAGACGGUCAUUCCCCAGGAACAAGAAAAAGAUGAAGACGAUGGAUUUUUUGGCCCUGCCCUUCCUCCUGGAUUUCCGAAAAAACAGCAAUCUCCUGACCGGCCUUUUAUAGGACCUGCAUUGCCACCUGGUUUCAGAAAGCCAGAGGAGGAAAUAAGCUAUGAAUCUCUAACUGCACCAGCAGUGUCGCCCAGCUUAAGUAGGUUGCCAACAGAAAAUGAACGUGAAGACGAGAAUGUAAUUGGCCCAAUGCCUUCAAUGGGACCAAAUGAAUCCAAUAUAGCAAUGGAGAUUGAACUGCGAGCUAAAAAAAUGAAAGAAAGACUUAUUUCUGGGAACACAAAUGAAGGCAAGAAGGAGACCAGAGAGUCUUGGAUGACUGAACUUCCACCAGAAUUACAAAACAUUGGUCUGGGUGCCAGAACCUUUAAGAAACGUUCAGACGAAGGAUCCCGUGACCGAUCUAUAUGGACAGACACUCCAGCUGACAAGGAAAAAAAAGAAAAAGAUAAGGAAAUGGUACAAUCAAAGGACUUGCCUACGAAAGAACCUGAGAGUGUUUUUCUCUCAGACAGGGACAAAAGAAUGGCUAAGGAAGUAGCAGUGUACAAUGAGACCAAAAGAUCUGAAUCGUUACUUGACAUGCACAGUAAAAAGUUGAAGAGAAAAGCGAGCGAAGAGGAGAAACCCCAGGAACGACGAGCAUUUGAUCGGGAUCAGGAUCUCCAGGUUCAUCAGUUUGAUGAGGCCCAAAAAAAAGCCUUAAUCAAGAAAUCUAGAGAGCUGAACACCAGGUUUUCACAUGGAAAAAGCAACAUGUUUCUGUAAAACGUAACUGCUGAAAAAAGAUGUGGUUUUAUCGUAACUGCAGACAUUCUGUAGUUAGUUAACAUUGCUGUAAUAUUUCUCUAUUGUAAGGUAAAAACUGUUGUUGUAGGAGGCACCAAAUUCUUUGUUCCUGUUUUAACAAUUUUGAUGAAUCUAAGUAAAGGUAAAUCUGUUUUGCCUAAA